UCGCUCGCUCGCUCCUCUGUGGAAAAACUCGCCGACAGUCAGUGUUUUCGGAGGGAAACUUUCUUCGUUUGACGGCGCGCUGUCGACAAGAUUUGCAGUUUUCCCAAGCACGCGUAGCUUUAUUCACCUGGAUUAACGUUACCAUCAUCCGCGACUCCGGCAAAAUCGUCUCGAAAGGUGGAUUUGUGCGGUUCCCCCAAUUCGUGCGUGACAACUGUAUUCAAGUCCCCGCGGCUUCCGGAUAUAUUACUGUUAUUACUGUAUGUCUCGAGCAAGAUCGCACUUCACGGAUUUUUCGUCUUCCCUGCUUUUUAACCCAGUGAACUCAUUGCUUUGAAUCACACAUUCUUUUUCCUUAAAGUGCAAGCUCAAACAUGAAGAUAAGCACGUAAGAGUAAAGAUUAUCCCUGAUGAAAGGAGUCGAGCGUUUAGCUCGAGUUCACUAGGGUCACGUCCUGAUGAUGACAGUAAACAUGGAUGGCGGUCUCCAAAAUGGACCCGGACAGCACAAGAACUCACAAGAUGAUGAAGAGGCGCUCAACUCCAUAAUGAAGGACCUGGCAGCUUUACGCUUCUGCUACCAGCUUAAGACCAACAACAGUAACAAGCCCAAGAGCAGAUCCCAGGCCUACAGACAGGAUUUGCGGGUGAAGCUGGAGCAUGAACAAGAGAAACGAAUCAUCCCGUUCCAGAGACCACUGAAGUUUAAAGAUCUACUUCAGAAGGUGACGGAGGCUUUUGGGCAGCAAAUGGACCUUUACUACACUGAUAAUGAGAUGUUGCUGGCUUUGAAGUGUCAGGAGGAUUUGGACCGAGCAGUUCAGGCUUUGAGCUCCAGCACUGGAAUGAACAACCUGCUGAGAGUGAUUCUCAAAACACCUCCCAACAACCACUUUCUUCAGGUAAGCGGCCAAGACAGGCAGAGCGAGAUGAGGGCAUCCAGGUCGCUGGGAGAUCUCAAAGCCUCCGUUCUCAAAGGCUCUGAAAGAGUGCGCAAACACUCCACAGGCUCCCUGAACACGGGCCGCACCUCUCCUCCUCCAGGCAGUGUACCAGAAGAACAGCAGCAGAUCGCGCGGCAGGGGUCCUACACCAGCAUCCACAGCGAGGGAGAGUUUAUCCCAGAAACACUCGAUUCAAACAUAUUGGAGCCGUUUGGGAGUGCAGAUGGGUCACUUUCCAGCAGUUGUCAAUCAUUGGAUCAAGCGCUGGACAGCCCGCCGUUCUCCCAGAACAACAGGGACAACAAUUACCUGAAUCUCAACUAUGAAUACAAAGGCCGUCACGGGAAACACGGGACCUUUCCACGGCAGUUCCACAUGUCCAGCCGCAGCAAAGACUACGGUGAUGGUCGAAGGACUUUCCCUCGAAGUUUUAUGCCCCAAGAGAACUUGUUUCAGCUGGUCCCGUCCAGUCGUACACGCAGCUAUAAUGGAGAAAGCACUUUGCUGUACAGUGGAGAUCUGCACUCCAUCAGUUGGAGUGACAGCCAACGCAACGCUCCCAAAUCCCCAAGGGCUCCGGUGAACUGGCGUCAGGGGAAGCUGCUCGGUCGAGGAGCCUUCGGCGAGGUUUACCUCUGCUACGACGUCGACACGGGCCGAGAGCUGGCGGCCAAACAGGUGCCCUUUGACCCCGACUGUCAGGAGACCAGCAAAGAAGUGAAUGCACUGGAGUGUGAGAUUCAGCUCCUGAAGAACCUCCGUCACGAGCGCAUCGUUCAGUAUUUCGGCUGCUUGCGUGAUCCAGUGCAGAAAAAGCUGUCCAUCUUCGUUGAAUUCAUGCCAGGGGGCUCUAUAAAAGAUCAACUGAAGGCAUAUGGAGCAUUAACUGAGAAAGUAACCCGCAGAUACACCAGGCAGAUCCUGCAAGGAGUUUACUACCUGCACAGCAACAUGAUUGUACACAGAGACAUCAAAGGCGCUAAUAUUCUGAGGGACUCCUCUGGAAAUGUGAAGCUGGGAGAUUUUGGAGCUAGUAAACGCAUCCAGACGAUUUGUAUGUCGGGGACAGGCAUCAAAUCGGUCACUGGCACCCCCUACUGGAUGAGCCCGGAAGUCAUUAAUGGUGAAGGUUAUGGGCGCAAAGCAGAUGUCUGGAGUUUGGCUUGCACGGUUGUAGAGAUGCUUACUCAAAAGCCCCCAUGGGCUGAAUACGAAGCGAUGGCAGCCAUUUUCAAGAUCGCAACCCAGCCCACUAAGCCAAACCUGCCUGAGGGUGUGUCCGACUCGUGCAGGGACUUCAUGCGCCAGGUCUUUGUGGAGGAAAAAUGCCGACCCACUGCCGAGGGGCUCCUCAGCCACCCUUUCGUCCAGGGCGGCUUCUGAGACCCCCUUCAACAGAUUCUACGGUCUCUGUGGAGUCCCCCGGGGAAAACCACACAUCUGCCUGAGGACAAUUACCACUCUGCCUUCCAGGGUCCAGAGAAACCCAAUCAGCCAGCCAACCGAGAACAAACUAGCCCAUAAGGAAGGGAUGCAACCUCCCAACAGGUUCCCCACACAGGUUCAAUUUAAAAAAGUUGGAUGCUUUAGCUGUGAUACCACUUCCUGUUAUCAUACUCCGAAUCAGAGUCUUGUGUUGUCCUACCCCAAAUGUGCACUUGAUGAGGGACGUUCACAUACAGAAAGGUGUACACAAGGACCCCCUUAGAGAGUGUACACUAUUACCCAGCAUCCCUUGUGGGAAAGUAUACACUCGAAGGAGGAUGGGGAGGCCAUUUGGGACAGGGCAUAUGGUCAGGGAUUGUAAUUCAUGAAUUGUGAACAAAUAUCUCACACACAAAGUACGUGUUAUAUGAUCAUAUUAGAAACUAGUGAAACAUUGAUAUUAAAGGCGGCGUGUCCGAUGUCUCUCAGCCGUUGUUGAUGUUCAAAUCACCAAAACAAACUCACCCCUACCCCCAUCUUUCGCUAUAGUCUAUAUGGAUCAACUGACGUGUCAUCUGCAGCGUUUUUCUGAUGGGGGUCAUGAGCAGUUUGGGGUUACAGAAGUGUCAUCUGUUUAAAAGAAUUUGAUAACACAGCCAGCACUUAAUACACUUACGUUAUCUGACUGUAAGACGCAAAGUGUCAGUGCCUAAACCAUACUGCUUGAAAUUGCAGUUUACAUACCUUACUGCCAGUUGACCUGAGUGGCUGAAAUAAUCCGCUGAUGUAUUAAACAUCAAUGUACAGUAUAAUGCAUACAAUGUGACGCUCUAAGGAGUUGCUGGACAAAUCACAUAGGUUCUGUUUUUAGCACAAAUGUAUUAGAAUUUUUAUCUUUGCAAUGGUGGCAAAAGUUAAAUAUACAGUUUUUAUAACAUGUGUAUCAUUCGGUCAUGAAAGAGAGAGUUGAAUUUUACCUCUACACCCCGGGUCCAAUCCUGAGUGUCAGAAAAUACAUUUAAAAGACCUCAUGGAGCAAAUAGAUAAAUGUACUGUACAAUACUCGUUUGAGUAAUAUUUUAAGAUUGCUGUGUAUUUGAUGGUUAGAAUCUAACCAAAUAAGAAUGACACAAAAUAUGACAUAUGCAACCACCAAAGUGGGGAGUAAGACAUGUAAAAUGUAUGUCAUUUUCGUCUGUUGAAUGAAGACUGUAUAAACAAAUCUUUUUAUAUAAUGUAAAGUUUAUUUAGUUCAAUUUGCUCUUGUUUCAAAGCACUCUUUACCCAGAGAGUAAAUCACUGUAAAUACAUGCCAAUUGCACUCUCACGCGCAGAGCAACAGCACAUAGGAAAAGACCGAUGAGAUUCAAGAAAUAUUUUUAUACAUUUUUUUAAUUCAUGUGUUUGGAAUAACAAUACCAAACAGUUUUUGUAUUAUACAAAUUACCCUAAAGUGUCAAAAGCAAUAUUUCAGAGAAGAAUACUAUGGCUGGUUUGUUAGCAUCCUUGUACUGUUUGAUCCAUUAAAUACAACCAAAGAGCAAUUGAUAUGCUUGAAUUAUGGAUUUGAUGAUUCAGAGCUGUUCAGUUUGUUUGACCAAUGUUGUCAAUUUUUUAUGGACUCCAGUGUGUUUUAUGUAACCUGUUUCUGGUGACCUUAAUUUCCUUCAUUGACUUAAAUCUAUCAUUUUCAUUGUCUUCACGUCAUUAAGUUGGACACUAACACAAAAAAUUUGGAAACAUAAGAUUUUGCUAUUAUUUUGUCUCAUUAUAAAUGUUACAUCAUAAAGGCUUAAAGGCAUUAAUCGCUCGCUCGCUCCGUUCUGAACUCAAGAACUUCAACUACACCAGCAGUGAAGAGCAAACCAACCGUUUGUUAAACGUAUUGCAACCAGUGCCUUCUCUGAUUCCCUUAUUCUGAGAGGUCAGUCGUUUUGAAAAACAUUUAAUGGUGGAAUGUGUCACCUGAAGUCCUUCAAAUGGUUUCAGGAAAGGACAGACGUGAGGAAAAUCUUGUACUGAAAAUGAUUGUAUUGUACAUACAUAUUGUACCAAGUCAUAGUGAUUUAUUAUAUUCCAAGUACCUUGACACAGUGUAUUAUUAAGAUUGCGGAGAGGUCUUGGUUUUAGAUGAUCUUGAUUGACCUUCGUGGUUUUUGAGGGGCUAUAGAAUUUCUGUGCUGCCUUGAUGAAAAAGCCUAAAAAUCAUUUAUAUGUGAUUUUGUACAUUUGGAUAAAUAAAAUAAAAAAUAUAUAU